AUGAGUGGCGACGUCAAGCUACCGGCCGAGGUGCUUCGGUUGCGCGAUGCAGCUGCACGCCGGCUUGUUGAUGUGAAGAAUGUCCAGCUCCCUCGUCUGUGCGAGUGCACACAUGCGGCGCAAGAGCUUAUGGCGCUCGAGACCGAACUGAACGACACUCUACAUAUGGUCACAUCAUUGGUGCAGCAAAUAUCUGAUGAGGUCGAUGACGCCGAGUCUGCUGCUGAGCGCACGGCCCUGCAGGAACUCGCUAGAGCCCAGCAAGCGCAACUCGCGUCUGUUCGCCAAGACGCGCGGCGUGCAUUACUCCAAGCACACCGUGCGAUGGUAGCUAGACAGGAGUCUGCUGCACGCACAUCUCUUCUGGCAGCAUCGUCUCGGCAUGUCGGUGCGAGCACGGCGCCAACGGACCGUGCCAGUGCAACAUCGGAGCGAGUGACGAGCACGCUCCAACGCACCGUUGCGCUGAUGUCGUCGGAGCUGGAAAAGUCGGGUUACUCCGCACAGCUACUUGAGGAGUCGUCUGAGACCAUUUCCCAGGUAUCGACGAAGUAUGCGUCAUUCAACGAUCUGCUGCGUGAUUCCAUUUCCAUGAUCCGCCAAAUGGAGCGUGCCGAGCUCGUGGACCUUGGCAUUCUGGCGGCUUCGAUUGUAUUUUUCGCUGGCUGUGUCAUGUACAUAUUGUAUGCGCGCAUAUUUAGCCGCGGUCUCAGCGCCAUAUCUCUGGUGUGGCGCACAUCGAGUUAUGUGGGUUCAGGCGCUCUUGGUGGCUUGUCGUCGUUCUCUGCCGCUGUUUCGUCUGUUGCAAAGGUACCUCAAAAUCGCCCUAAGCCAGAGGCACCCGGCAUGUCUGCGAGUGACGUACGAGAAAGCGAUCUUUUGGAAGAUGCCUUGCGGUAUGCAGAGACAGCUGCUCCUCAAGAGCAUGCCGAGAUGCCAGGGAUGGACGCAUGGCAAGUUGAUCAUGGGCGGGAGCGUCGGAAAGAAAGCGCUAGAGAAGAAUCCAGCAGUCCAAGUGAUUUACGCGACACACACAGUUCAGGAGUCUCGUUUGAGUCUGGCCCAGAGACGUCGCGGCCGGAUACGGCUAUGCACGUGCUUGACUCGCCGGCCUUGACAAGUAUGUCAAGCGCGUCGAUACCCGCAGCAUCGUCAGAUCUAGACUCUUUUGGCUUUUACGAGUCGGUGCACCUGUCCUCUAGCGCGCAGUCAGACGGUGCAGUACAUGGGACGAGUGUGCACGAGGACAUCUCAAGCAUGACGGCCAAUCCUGUAUCUUCGAAGGACACGUCAGACUCGACCGACGCUAUAUCCUUGGCGGGUAUGGUGAACUCGAAACACAAGUCCGAUUUGAAUGAUUCGGCAGACUUAACGGAUCCCACAGACCUGAAGCACGCUACAGACUCGAUGGAUGUGUCUGAGCCGACUCGCUCAGCUACUUGGGAUCCGAUAGUGUCAUCAUCUGUCUUGGGUUCCUACUUGCAUGUGCCAACGUCAGAGUCGGCUUCUUAUUCCAUGCUUUUUGACCCCAAGGCUACUGCAUCGCCUGACCGUGGUACUUACCAAGCUGAAGCAAUCGCAGGUGCUGUGUCAAGUGGAUACGAGGAUACUGAGCACAUCAAAGGGAUUGCCUCUUUGGCUAGUGAGGAACAGCACAGCCCGGAGAAUCUGCCAGCGGAAAAAGAACCUGGUUCUAAGCUUGAGACUGCAUCUCCCUCUCCCACACUAUCACCUGCGACUUCUCCAGCCAGCACGCCUACCGAGAACAUCGGGCUUAUCGAUCCGAUACAUGGUUCUCCAGGCAUGCGGAAUGCAGUGCCAACAUUAAAGGCUGAGCGGGAAUCCCAAGAAACAAGCGAUUCAGGAACGCACGCAACCGACGUCGAAGCUGGCGCCGAAACUAAUGCAGAAGAUGAUGCCGAAGCAGACUCGACUAUGAAGCCAAUGGACGCGGUCGCUGCCAAGGCUCUCUCUGCUGAAUCCAUUGAACCUGCUGAGCCUUCUGAGCGAGAGCCGCCGCACCACGCAUCUCCAUCGUCAGCCAUUUCUCUGACGAAUGGAUCGACGUCUUCUUUGGUGCCGAAUGCGUCUGUUCUGUCACAAGAUCUAUUGCCGGUCCCAUGGCUUUACAACUCUCUAUAUGCAGCAGAGAAUGCGAGCCUGACCAUGUCGCGUCUUGAUGCUUCAUCUACACCGACACCCAAGCCACAUGCAUCCAGAGCUACGCUCACAAACAGCAGAUCGAUGUCGUCAGCAUCACUCGCAGAACAUGCUUCUUUGCCCGAAAUAUCUGCGUCGUCCUUACAAGUGACGCCUGUAGAGCCGCACGCUCCAACUGACAGCCCAAGCCAGAUGGAAGAGGAGGCUCCUCGCGGAUCGCCAGGCGUGGCAGAGACCAUCUCCGCUCUAGUUGAUUCGCCGGUAGCCUCUUUGUCCAUGUCAAGUCCAGUGCCCGGAUUGUCAUCGCUGCACCCCUCGUCGAUGGAAGCAGCCUCGUCACCGACGACGUCCAUCGAGCUCGCUGUGCCUGUGCAUACAAAGGGGCCUGUUUCGACUCGUGAGACAGAUGUCGAGGCUUCUGCAACGGGACUCAACACGUCGCAACGUGCUCCUGGUGAGACCAAGUCGAAGCACACGAACCUCGAGGCGGCUACCACACCCGGGCCAGUCGGCUCAUUUGACCCGGAGGUCGAACAUGAGCGAAGCGUUCUCUCGAACACGAAAUCCCCUAGCGCUUCUGAGCCGUCUCUUUUAUCGACGAUCUCGUCAACGGACGUCCCACCGCUUAUGCAGCACAUCGAGUCUCCUAUCGAAGAGCAUGUGCCAAGGGCGGUCCCCUCUGUGUCUAUGUCGAGCUCUAUCGGGGCGUCUUGGCCCUCUACUAGCGUAACGAUCGCGAGCGCUAGCACCGAUGUCAUACCAACAGCGCCACUAGCCGCGAUGCAUGUCGACGCUCCGUCUGAUCCCGCUGCUGUAGCCGCGGCUCCUGACCAAGACGAAGCAGCGUUAGACUCCACCGUCACGCCGCCGAAAGCCAUGGACCGAUGA